AGGUCAGUCCCACACAGGUUUACAGCCAAUUUACGUUGCCUUGCCUUGCCUUGCCAUGGGAAACUGCAUAGUUCAUCAGGGAAAGCCUGUGAGGGUGAUGAAAACUGAUGGCAAAAUCAUUGAAUACAAAGCCCCCAUUAAAGUCCAUCAAGUUCUGUCAGAAUUCUCUCACCAUGCACUGUCUGAUAAUCAGCUCCCUUUAGGGAAGCACCUCCAUCCAAACACUGAAAUGCUUCAGGGCCGCUUGUAUUACCUCCUUCCUCUGCCCUGGACGCCGAUGAAGAAAAAGAAGAACAGCAACAAGGUGGUCCGGUUUUCUGACGAUGUUGUGGAAAUGGAGGAGCCCGGGAAGGUUGUGAGAAUUAAGCUUGUAAUAAGCAAGAAAGAGCUGCAGGAGAUGUUGGGAAGCGAGGGGAUCAUUUCAGAUGGAGAUGUGGUCUCUCAGGUGCAGACAGGCCCUGCUGCAUAUAAGAUUCAAAGCAUUUCCAGAGAUGGCGGCAUCUCUCCCAGAGGAUGCCUACCAGGUGCCCUGGAAACCAUCCCUGAAUCGAACUAGUUGUUAUCAAACAAAAAAAAAAACACAAAGCUUUAGAUUAGAUGAUAGACAA